CGGAGUUUGAAUACCCAAUCGGGCAACCUGAACGUUCACGUAACGUUGAACCUGUUCUCUCCAAAGUGAUCAAACGUACUUCGUUUUCACUUGAUGCGCUAUCCACGAGACUCAGGCUGCACACCGGUCUCAUAGCGGGCAUUUCAUGGAUAGAAAGCGAGGCGUAGCAACGCGCCCUGCCGCUUCUGAAGAAAUUGAAUUCUGGAAUCACGCCAGAACGUCUCUUCUGACGCUGUCCAGUAUAUACACGAACCCUGCCACUGCAGAAACAAUCGGUCGUGUGAACCGGCUGAUCUCCGCGUGGCCCAGUGACGACACUCUGCCGUCCGAGGGUCUGGAUGGUGUCAGGACGAUAUAUAAAAAACUGAACACAGGACUAAAGGACAUAGAAACAGCAUCUAAUAAUGAAGUCAAAGCGAUCGACCAAGCUCUAGAUCAGCUCGGUAUACUCAUCGCUCUCAGGCAAGCGACAGAAACGGCCGCAGACAAACGAAAUAAGCGCCCUAAUAGAGGUCCGUCACCAUCUUCGACACCUACUCCAAUAGGCGCUCCUCCAACGUCUGGCACUACCCGUGGUGUGUCGAUUACUCUGCCGCCUCGAAACUCUGCUGGUACCCCGCUCUCGAUCACUGUUUCCCGUGAAAAAUCACGCAGGGAAGGUAUAGCCCGACAAUUACCUCUUCGGGAAGGCCGGACCAUCGCAUUUCACCCUCCUCCCAAGCCUAUCAAAGACGCUGAUCAGAGUGAUUGGAUACUUGCUGUCAUUACCAGGUGUAUUAACGCCGACAAGCACAAAUACGAGGUCCGAGAUGUCGAUGAUGAGAAUCCAGAGACGUACGCUACGACCCUGAAAUCGAUUAUUCCUCUCCCGGAUCCGAAUGCACCUGCAGGGACUCCAGAGAGUAUCUCCGUGUGUCCGGAGUAUGGAAAAGGAACUAUCGUGCUGGCGCUCUAUCCUGACACAAGCUGUUUCUAUCGGGCCGAGGUGGUCACUCCUCCUCGGGACAUGCAACCAACCGGACGGUCAUACUUGCCCACGUACGAACUAAAAUUUGAAGACGACGAAGAGCAAUCUCAGAUAAUAAGUGCGCAAUAUGUCGUUGAGUUUCCUAAGGAUUAGGAUCAUUUAUGGUUUUUACGAUUUAUGCUGUGGUAUCGGUGUAGCAUUGUAUCAUCAUUGUAGGUAGGAUACCCAUUUUUGGAAUUUUAUAGGCCAGCAGCGCCGUUGGCCUGGUGUAAAUAUCUCAAAAACUACGUACCUCUCUGUUUGAAGAUUUUAACAUAAUUACGACAAGUCUCCCAAUGCGAGGCCGUUCGAUAAGCCAAAUUAUUGGCUUUGAUAAUCGUCUAGGAGGGAAUUAUCAGUG